AUCCAUUUGCUUUUGACCCUUUUUCUCUUAUGCCUGCAUGUGUGCUUAUGUACUAUUACAGGCUGUGUGCAUUUUUUUUCCUUCCAUUUUUAUUUGCCUAUCCACAUUGAUUGCAGGUUUCAGUGGUUCUUGUUAUUUUUUUGGCAUUGUAUCAAAAUGCAAGCUUUUUUGGUGGUGAAUGUAAUUUAUUUUAUUUUUAUUUUUGAAGAUAUGCUUGUGAAACCAGGCCUUUUAAAUAUAAUAAGGUAAAUUAGAAACACCUCUUUGGUAUGUAGUACUUGCAUUUUGUGAGUUCUGUUCACCUAGAUUACUCCAGUCCUCCAAUGAGACUUCUUGGAAGAAGGUACUAAGCUACAAGUAGGUGAGCAUUUUAUCUGCAAAAAGGAUCCCGUUUUAUUUACCUUUAUUCUGCCAAAGGACUGACACACUCUUAUAUUUAUCUGAAUAUCUUAUAAUCAUUUUUAUUUAGACAUCACGUGGCUGAUAUGCAUUAUCCAAUAAACUUAUUAAUUAAGAUAAUUUAACCUCUGAAUUUGACAAAAGUAAAAUAGCUGUGUUUGGAGGAGAUAGUUAGAUUAUCUUCCCACAAUUAAACAGUUCUGGUUUCUCUAGAAAAAACAGAAUAUAUCUUGCUCUCCAAGUUUUAGACUACUUCACAGUGCAACAGUGAAUAUAUUUUCCUUCUUUCAGCAAGUACAAGAGGAACAGACCUAUGACUGGAAACUAAUGGAGAGUGGCAACUCCUUAUAGAGCAUAUACCAUAGUUCUUGUUUUUUCUUUUCUUCUAUUUUCUUUCUUUCCUGCCUCCAGUUCUAAGGGAAAACAGUCUUGACCCUGGGGAAAAAUCACCUUGAAAGUGUAUAUAAAUUACGCAGCAGCUAGCUCUAUAAUAAUAAGAGUGUUCUUUAAAGGAACAGCAACUUGUGACUCUACAGGUAACCAACAGGGAACCAAAUUUUUGAAAAGAAUGGAAGAAUUAGCUGUUUCAUUGACAUAUGGGGUGGAAGCAGAGGAAUGGGGUAAAUUUCUUCAUACCAAAAAUAAGCUUUACACGGAUUUUGAUGAAAUUCGACAAGAAAUUGAAAAUGAAACAGAAAGAAUAUCAGGAAAUAACAAGGGAGUAAGCCCUGAACCAAUUCAUCUUAAGAUUUUUUCACCCAACGUUGUCAAUUUGACACUUGUGGAUUUGCCAGGAAUGACCAAGGUGCCUGUAGGUGAUCAACCUAAGGAUAUUGAGCUUCAGAUCAGAGAGCUCAUUCUUCGGUUCAUCAGUAACCCAAAUUCCAUUAUCCUCGCUGUCACUGCUGCUAAUACAGAUAUGGCAACAUCAGAGGCACUUAAAAUUUCAAGAGAGGUAGAUCCAGAUGGUCGCAGAACCCUAGCUGUAAUCACUAAACUUGAUCUCAUGGAUGCGGGUACUGAUGCCAUGGAUGUAUUGAUGGGAAGGGUUAUUCCCGUCAAACUUGGAAUAAUUGGAGUAGUUAACAGGAGCCAGCUAGAUAUUAACAACAAGAAGAGUGUAACUGAUUCAAUCCGUGAUGAGUAUGCUUUUCUUCAAAAGAAAUAUCCAUCUCUGGCCAAUAGAAAUGGAACAAAAUAUCUUGCUAGGACUCUAAACAGGUUACUGAUGCAUCACAUCAGAGACUGCUUACCAGAGUUGAAAACAAGAAUAAAUGUUCUAGCUGCUCAGUAUCAGUCUCUUCUCAAUAGCUACGGUGAACCUGUGGAUGAUAAAAGUGCUACUUUACUCCAGCUUAUUACCAAAUUUGCCACAGAAUAUUGUAACACUAUUGAAGGAACUGCAAAAUAUAUUGAAACUUCGGAACUAUGCGGUGGUGCUAGAAUUUGUUAUAUUUUCCAUGAGACUUUUGGGCGAACCUUAGAAUCUGUUGAUCCACUUGGUGGCCUUAACACUAUUGACAUUUUGACUGCCAUUAGAAAUGCUACUGGUCCUCGUCCUGCUUUGUUUGUGCCUGAAGUUUCUUUUGAGUUACUGGUCAAGCGGCAAAUCAAACGUUUAGAAGAGCCCAGCCUCCGCUGUGUGGAACUGGUUCAUGAGGAAAUGCAAAGGAUUAUUCAGCACUGUAGCAAUUACAGUACACAGGAAUUGUUACGAUUUCCUAAGCUUCACGAUGCCAUAGUUGAAGUGGUGACUUGUCUUCUUCGUAAAAGAUUGCCUGUUACAAAUGAAAUGGUCCAUAACUUAGUGGCAAUUGAAUUGGCUUAUAUCAACACAAAACAUCCAGACUUUGCUGAUGCUUGUGGGCUAAUGAAUAAUAAUAUAGAGGAACAGAGGAGAAACAGGCUAGCCAGAGAAUUACCUUCAGCUGUAUCACGAGACAAGUCUUCUAAAGUUCCAAGUGCUUUGGCACCUGCCUCCCAGGAGCCCUCCCCUGCUGCUUCUGCUGAGGCUGAUGGCAAGUCAAUUCAGGACAGCAGAAGAGAAACUAAAAAUGUUGCGUCUGGAGGUGGUGGGGUUGGAGAUGGUGUUCAAGAACCAACAACAGGCAACUGGAGAGGAAUGCUGAAAACUUCAAAAGCUGAAGAGUUAUUAGCAGAAGAAAAAUCAAAACCCAUUCCAAUUAUGCCAGCCAGUCCACAGAAAGGUCAUGCUGUGAAUCUGCUGGAUGUGCCAGUUCCUGUUGCACGAAAACUAUCUGCUCGGGAACAGCGAGACUGUGAGGUUAUUGAACGACUCAUCAAAUCAUAUUUUCUCAUUGUCAGAAAGAAUAUUCAAGACAGUGUGCCAAAGGCAGUAAUGCAUUUUUUGGUUAAUCAUGUGAAAGACACUCUUCAGAGUGAGCUAGUAGGCCAGCUGUAUAAAUCAUCCUUAUUGGAUGAUCUUCUGACUGAAUCUGAGGACAUGGCACAGCGCAGGAAAGAAGCGGCUGAUAUGCUAAAGGCAUUACAAGGAGCUAGUCAAAUUAUUGCUGAAAUCCGAGAGACUCAUCUUUGGUGAAGAGAACUGUAUAAUACUCAGCCUUUGUUGACUCAAAAACUUGCUAGUUACUGCCUGAGUAGAAUUUUAUUUAUGAACUCCUGUGCACUGCAAUGGUAUGAAUCUGCUCAUGUGAAGACUGGCUGUAAACUGAAAAGUGUAUUCCAUAUUGCAGAACAAAUCGCACAUUUAAUCCAAAUAAUAAAUGGCUGUUUCUAAAGUUUCCCAGUAUAUAUAAAAUACAUCAACUCUGUCUUGUGACAGUUUCAUUGGAACUUAAAAAGAACUGUUAAUGUUCUAGUUGUACAAAGCAGUUUGCCUGUGGAUAAGAUGACCUGUGUAAUCUUUGUUAGUAAUCUUAAAGCUGCUGCCAUAGUCCUCCAAGAAGAAAGCACCAAGACAACAUUUCAUAUGACUAUAAUGCAUGUACUAUAUAAACUGAGCUGGCUUUGAAAGAUGUGAGUUGGCAAGUUCCUCACAUAGAGUCAUUGUAUUCCACCUGUCCUUCAAUUUAGUUUUUCUGAGCUUCUCUGCAGACUUUGAUGUGUUUUUAAGAAUGCUGAAUGCACAAAAGGAUCUGUGACACCGACAUGGAUGUGGUGUGCAUACUGUGUAGUUACAUAGCCCUUCCAAUUCUGGGUCCAUUUGCCCUAGCAUAUUAAAAAUUAAAAUAUGCUUUGAUUCAUACUUAAACCGGUAAGCAUAAAUGCCUACAUUAAUUCCUACAUUAAAAACAACAGCCAUCUACCCUUGAUGAUCUAGUAAGAGUUGGUAAUGAUGGCCAGUUCCUUUUAGUUUUAGACAAUUCAGUGAUGACCUAAAUCUCCCUUAACUUGCAAAUAGAGUAGUAGUAACAAAGGUACAUCUUUAAAAUGGAGCUCUUACACCAGCCUCUAAGAUUCACUUUGAGGUGGGACUUAAAACCAAUAUACUGUGUGUGUAUGCUGGUAAUAGCUACUUUUGUUUUACAGCAUACAAACAAAAUAUAUUCCAACAAAAUAUAUUAGAAUAGUUAUGAAACUACUUGAGGAGUUUUGUUAUUGAAAGAAAAACACCCAGAUAGACAAACUCCUUAAGACUUACAGACUUAAACUGCAUUUAUGGGGUAGUGAUGAGGUUUAGAACAUGUAAUUCCCCAG